CUUCAACACUUUGGGGGGAGAAAAAACCCCCAGAGCCUUGGAGAGUUGGCCUUGAAGGCGAGGCAGCUGUUUUGCACCCCGGUGUAAAAUGGGGUGCUCGAGAGACAGUUGGGGUGCGUUGCACCCCUGUGUUUACUUUUCCUCUCUCUACUUCCCGUGUGGGUAACCCUGGGGGUGUCUCCGCGCAGGAAUUCCGGCUGGGGAUCGGCAUCACCUACAUCGAGAUGAACGUGGGCAACGUGAAAGACGUGGACCGAAGGUGCUUUGAUCUGACCACGCCUUACCGGAUCUUCAGCUUCAUGGCUGAAUCCGACCAGGAGAAGGAGCUGUGGGUGGAGGCCAUGCAGCAAUCGGUGGCCGAGGCCCUUUCCAACUUCGAGGUGGCCGAGAGGAUCUGGGCCUUGAAGGACAACUGCCUCUGUGCUGACUGUGGUGCUCCCAAGCCCGACUGGGGCUCCAUCAACCUCUGCGUGGUCAUCUGCAAGCGAUGUGCAGGAGAGCAUCGAGGGCUGGGACCCAGCGUGACCAAAGUGCGGAGUCUGAAGAUGGACAAGAAGGUCUGGACAGAGGAGCUGAUUGAGCUCUUCCUCCAGAUCGGCAACACGGUGGCCAACCAGUUCUGGGCCGCCAACGUGCCCCCCAGCGAAAUGAUCGCCCCCGAGAGCCACAGCCAGCAACGCCGGCAUUUCCUGAUCGCCAAGUACCGGGAGGGCAAAUACCGGCGGUACCACCCGCUUUUUGGGAACCAGGAAGAACUCAACAAGGCCCUCUGCACAGCAGUGACCACCAGUGACCUGGCCGAGACCCUCUCCCUGCUUUUCUGUGGGGCCGAAGUGAAUUGCUACACCGGAGAUCCUGAAUAUCCCACCCCGGUUGCCCUGGCAGAGCAAGCUGGUCAGAGGCUGCAGAUGGAGUUUCUGCUGCAGAACAAGACCUCCGAGCCCCCCCAGCUGGACGCUGGCCCCCACGCUGAGCAGUGCUACUCGGUCAUCUCGCUCUCCGUGGCCCACAAUGGCUUCCUCUACAAGGCGCCCUCCAUGGCCAAGCUCGCCCUCGAGCGGAAAUCCCGAGAAGAAUUCAGCCGCCGGUGGUGCCAGUUGCACGAGGGGCUCUUCAACUACUACGAGAGCAACACCAACACCGUCCCCAACGGAGAGGUCAAGAUGCAGGAGAUCGUCUGUCUCGCAAUCCCCCCACCGGACACACACGGGUACGCCAACACCUUUGAGUUGUACACGGAGACGGAGAGGCUCUACCUCUUUGGCCUGGACAACCCCAAGGCCAUCCGGGAGUGGGUCAAGUGCCUGGCAAAGGCCUCCAUCCCUCCCGCGGCCGAAGGUCUCCUGGGCUGGGACUUCGAGCGCCUGGGGCGCCUGCGCUACAAGGGCGGCCUGAGCCUGGAGCAGGCGCAGGAGGGCUGGUUCGCCCUGGUGGGCUCCAGCCUCUACGCCUUCCUGGAGGGCAGCGGCCGGGAGGAGCUCAUCCAGCUGCGGAAGCUGCAGGAGCUCUCCCUCGAGAACGACGUCCUCGUGCUGGUGGAAAGAAGAAGAACCCUCUACAUCCAGGGCGAGAGGCGGCUGGCCUUCCAGGGCUGGGUGGGGGCCAUCCAGAGAGCAGCUGGCAGCUCCGGGGACACUUUGUCGGAACAGCAACUGACCGACAUGGAUGUGCCCGUCAUUGUGGACAGGUGCAUCGAUUACAUCACACAGUGCGGACUGACCUCGGAGGGCAUCUACCGGAAGAGCGGACAAAACUCCAAGAUCACCAGCCUGCUGGAGUCCCUCCGCCGAGACGCCCGCAAGGUCCGGCUGAAGGAGGAGGAUCACCAGCUGGACGAUGUGGCCAACACCCUCAAGAGGUUCUUCCGGGACCUGGAGGACGGGCUCUUCACCAAGGACUCUGCCCAGGCCUGGCUGAAAGUGCCAGCUUUGGAGGACCUUGCUGAAAGGAUCAGCCGCUACCGUAGACUUCUCAACAGCCUCCCGGUGGUCAACAAAGCCACCAUGAAGGCCUUGAUCAACCAUCUCUACCGCAUCCAGUGUUUUUCUGAUGAGAACCAGAUGACCACCCACAACCUGGCCAUCGUCUUCGGGCCAACGCUCUUCCAGACGGACGGCAAGGAUUUCAAGGCUGGACAAGUGGUGGAAGACCUCAUCAGAUGCUACAUGGAGAUCUUCAGUGUGGACGAGGAAGAGAUGAGGAAGCAGCAGGAAGAAAUCCAGGCCAUCUUGAGGAUGCGCAUCGCAGGAACCUCCAGCGGCACCCAGGCUGGGGACUUCAUCUGCACGGUGUAUCUGGAGGAGAAGAAAAUGGAGGCCGAGCAGCACGUGAAGAUUCCAGCCACCAUGACGGCGGAAGAGCUGACCUUCACCAUCUUGGACCGGAGGAAAAUCUCCACCAAGGAGAAGGACUUCUGGAGCUGUUUUGAGGUCAACGAGCGAGAAGAGGCAGAGCGCCCCCUGCACUACAGCGAGAAGGUCCUGCCCAUCAUGCACAGCCUGGGGAAGGACAGCUACCUGGUGGUGAAGAAGCAGCUCUCCAUGGAGAACAUGCUGCUUUACCUGGCCAGCAAGGUGGGCGACAGCAAACACGGCUUGAUGAAGUUCCGAGAGGAGAAGAACGUCCUCGGAGUGGGACUCAGCACCGGCUUCCAUGACCGAUACUUCAUCCUCAACAACCACUCCCUCCGCCUCUACAAGGAGGUCCGGAGCCAUAAACCCGAGAAAGAAUGGCUGGUCAAGAACCUGAAGAUCUACCUGGGAAUUAAGAAGAAGGUCCGUCCACCAACCUGCUGGGGCUUCACCGUCUUCUUUGAGAAUGAAAAGAUGGAGAAGCAGCAGUGGUACCUUUGCUGUGACACCCAGAUGGAGAUGCGGACGUGGUUUGCUAACUUCCUCUCCAUGCAGCACGGAGGCAACGUCUGGCCCUCGGAGUCCUCCAAGAUCCGGACGCCUCAGACGCAACCGGACUCUCGGCUGGGCAACGUCUCCCUGAUUCCCCUGCGAGGCAGCGAGAACGAGAUGCGGAACAGUGUGGCGGCUUUGGUGGCUGAUCCCUUGACGCUCCUUCGGGAUGUGUGAAUCCGGCAGACACGCACCAGGUCGGACAAGCACAGCGAACGGCGGUCCAGCAACCGGAGGGGGGGCAAGCGGGGAGGGGAGGGAGGGGUGCCCAGUUUCCAAGACAGACCCUUUGGGGGUCCCCGGAAGACCGAAAGCAGCAGGAACGACACCUCCAAACGGAUGCGGGGGGGGGGAGGAUUCUCACAAGCCUGGAUCUGAAGCCGGUCCUCAACGCCCACCUGGUUCAUUUCUGUGCCAGGAACAAGACGUGCCCCCCCCACCCCAAUGCAGCCUGGUGGGCUUCCUGGGGUCUUUGCCUACCCCUCAAAGCCCCCCCCCCCAAGACCUUCCCUGCUCUGAUGGGCGAUCGGGGCAAAGGACACUACGUGGUGUAGUCUGGGUUUUACCAGGCCCCGGAACGUUUGCUGGAGACACGGAUCUUCGGGGUGCAAGGAGACCCCCCUCCCGUCCUCCCCCAGCAGACCAAGCUGGGUGGGGUGUUUGGGGGUGACUGGGAAGGGACCUGCUGUCCACCCCAAACAUUUCAGCUCCUGUCCCUUUCUCUGAACCCCUGCAACCGUGGGGCGCCGAGCGCAGAAGAGGGAAGCCGCAUCCAUCAAGGUGACUGGCUUUGACCAGCUGUUCUUCCCUCCCAUUUGGGGGGGGUCCCCAAUUCUGCCUCCCCCCUCUCUUCUACAGACUCUGGGGGGGGGGUCUCUCACCUGGAAGAAGGAAAGACAGACAGCAACGGCUUGGCAGAAGCCCAGCAGGGGCAGGGGGCUACCGAGACUGCGGCUGGCAGGAUAGGGGGGGACUUCUCUCUCCCCCCCCCCCAUGGACAGGGACGGAAAGCCCAGCUGUGCAUGGGCGCUGUGAAAAAGGGACGGGCGCCGUUCGUUUCCAGCUGAUGUAUUUUUUUUUUGUCUUUUUGUAAUCAGAAUAAAGUUCUCAGAAGAAA